AUGACGGCAGCUCCAAAAUCUCCUGAAGAGAAGCCCCGACUUGAUAUCGCACCGCCCACGCCCUCCCCCGUCUCUCCUCGCACCCACUCUGUAUUCGCUCUGCAGCACUCCCAGGUAGGCAUGCUUUCCGGCAUCCUCGUGUUCAACCAGAAGGGCGAAAACCUCAUCUUCCGCGCCUUUCGCAAUGACUGUCGGCCGCGGCUCGCCGACAUCUUCCGCAUCCAGGUGAUCUCCAACGCGCAGGUGCGCUCGCCCAUCCUCACGCUGGGCUCGACGACCUUCAGCCAUGUCAAGCACGAGAAUAUCUACCUGGUGGCGGUGACCAAGAGCAAUGCCAAUGCGGCCCUGGUGUUCGAGUUCCUGUACCGCCUGGUGCUGCUGGGGAAGGGUUAUUUUGGCAAGUUUGACGAGGAGGCGGUCAAAAAUAAUUUUGUGCUGGUGUAUGAGCUGCUUGAUGAGAUUCUUGAUUUCGGAUACCCCCAGAACACCGAGACAGACACGCUGAAAAUGUACAUCACCACCGAAGGCGUCAAGUCGUCGCUCACCAAGUCCCCCAGCGACUCGUCCCGCAUCACCAUGCAGGCCACGGGCGCGCUCUCGUGGCGCCGCUCCGACAUCAAGUACCGCAAGAACGAGGCCUUCGUCGACGUGAUCGAGGACGUCAACCUGCUCGUCUCCGCCACGGGCACCGUGCUCCGCGCCGACGUCAACGGCCAGAUCGUCAUGCGCGCCUACCUCUCCGGCACACCCGAGUGCAAGUUCGGCCUCAACGACCGCCUGCUGCUGGACAACGACGACGGCGGCGCGCGGCCCGGCGACGGCAUGGGUGGCGGCGGCAGUGGUGGGCUGGGGAUGGGCCUGGGCAACGGUCCCGGGGCGCGCGCCAAAGCGACGCGCGCGGCGGCGGGCAGCGUGACGCUGGAGGACUGCCAGUUCCACCAGUGCGUGCGGCUGGGGCGGUUCGACGCGGACCGCAUCAUCUCGUUCGUGCCGCCGGACGGCGAGUUCGAGCUGAUGCGGUACCGGGCGACGGAGAACGUCAACCUGCCGUUCAAGGUGCACCCGAUCGUGCGCGAGGUGGGCACGCGCAAGGUCGAGUACAGCAUCGCCAUCCGCGCCAACUACGGCUCCAAGCUGUUCGCCACCAACGUCGUCGUGCGCAUCCCCACGCCGCUGAACACGGCCAAGGUCAGCGAGCGCACCACCCAGGGCCGCGCCAAGUACGAGCCCGAGCAGAACAACAUCGUGUGGAAGAUCGCGCGCUUCUCCGGCCAGAGCGAGUACGUGCUGACCGCCGACGCGACGCUGACGAGCACCACGUCGCAGAAGGCGUGGAGCCGCCCGCCCAUGAGCCUGGCGUUUAAUCUGCUGAUGUUCACGAGCAGUGGGCUGCUGGUGAGGUAUUUGAAGGUGUUUGAGAAGAGCAACUAUAGCAGUGUCAAGUGGGUGCGGUAUAUGACGCGGGCGGGGAGCUAUGAGAUCAGGUGGGUGCCUUGA